AUGGCUGAAGGGUUCCUCCUUCCCCCUAAUGGACGAAACCGACACUCAUCAGAAGAUAUCGGUAAUGAUUAUUUUCUUGAUUUGUUAUCUAACUCUUUCUUUCAAGAUGUGAAAAAGGAUGAACUUGGUGAUAUUCAAGAGUUCAAAAUGCACGAUUUAGUACAUGAUUUUGCACGAGGUGUCGUUGGCAGUCAUGAAGUUACGUGUCUGAAUGCAAGUGAAAUGGAGAAUGAUGUAUCUCAAGCCCGUCUCUUACAGUUAAUUAUCAAAGAAGGAGCGUCUGAAUCAGUCUCUAACGCCUUGAUCCAUGCAAAGAAACUGCGGACAAUUUUCUGCAAAGAAGGGCGUUUUCUUGAUCAGAAUCUACCGAGCAAUAAGCGUUUACGUGUACUGUAUCUUCUUGGUGAUUAUGGUAGUCCGAUAAAUGUAUCUUUCCCUUUUAUACACUUGAGGUUCCUUGAUCUUGAGGAUUUUAGAAUUGAAGAUGCUCAUGGUGCGUCCAUCGCUCAACUCUACAACCUGCAGACUCUCAACCUUUCUUACGCCAAGAAUGUUCAGAUGCUUCUCAACGGAAUUGGUUCUUUAAGAAAUUUACGACAUCUUCAUCUCUCGGACUCAGAUGUUGAAGUGUUACCAGAUUCUCUUCUCCGGCUCACAAACUUGCAGACGUUAAAUAUUUCAGAUACGAAGAUCAAGAAGUUACCCAUAAAUAUUGGUUCUCUUCCCUUAGAGCAACUGCAGUGGGUUCUGCUCUUGUCGGGAAUGAAUUCUGUCAAGUGUUUGGGUGAGGAGUUUUAUUACCAAGAAAACCAACAGGAAGAAAGCCAAGGUGCUACAACAACAGCAUUCCCUUCACUAAUUGAGUUGAGUGUUAAAUAUUUUGGAGAAUUAGAAAAAUGGUUUACUCCGCCACCACCUUACCGAUCCUUCCCUAUCCUAAAGAUUCUAUGUAUACAGGGAUGUGAUAGAUUGAUAUCUAUACCAGAUUUACGAUCAUGGACUUCUCUCAGAAAGUUAACUAUCAACGAUAACAACAAAUUGGAGGAGUCGUUACCGUAUGAUCUCAAGAAAUCGCUCGACUUUCUUAAAGAACUCUAUGUUAAUGAUAUGGCCGAGUCCAAUAAUUUGAUUAGGGAGAUGAUGUAG